AUGACGUCAGCAGUAAGAGAAGAUGUAAGCGUGCAAGCAACAGCCUUCCUCCCUAACCGGCUCCUCCUGCCUCCCCAGGCCAUGGUCACGCGCUGGACGCUGUGCUUCUCGGCGUGGGUGUUCUGUUCCUCCCUGGCGGGCAGCGAGUGGGGCGCCUCGGCCAUGUGGGCGGCGGGCAUCAGACAGGACGCAGCGCGGGGCCCCACGGUGGGGUCGGGCGGGGCCACAAUGAUCCAGAAGGACCCCCGCCUCGGGCCUGGCAUGGGCGGCUCGGCGGUGCAGCUGAUGGGCUAUGAAGGGGCGCAGUAUUUCGCCACACAACCCACGCCCCAAACGGCGGUCGUGGGCUCCACCGCCGUCUUACCUUGCAGGGUCAUCAACAAGGUCGGUCACUUACAAUGGACGAAAGACGGCUUCGGAAUGGGCACGGAGCGAGACCUCUUCGGCUUCGCUCGCUACGCCAUGAUCGGCUCGGACGAUGAAGGUGACUUCAGCCUGAGGAUCAAGCCGGUGCUCCUUGAAGACGAUGGCCUCUACCAGUGCCAAGUCUCAGCGAGUGACGGAGUGCCAGGCAUCAGGUCCCAAACCGCCCGCCUCACCGUCUACGUGCCCCCAGAAGCGCCGAGAGUCAAGCCCCCCGUACUCCAGACGACGGCGGGGAUGACGGUCAACCUCGAGUGCGAGAGUCGAGGAGGAAGGCCGUCCCCGGAGAUCCAGUGGGUGGACGACAGCCAGCGAGAGACAGUCCGCUCAGGGACGAGCCUAUCGACCGAG